CAUGUCACCCACACUGAGGCAGGGCCAGUGUUAGAUAUGUCCACUUUUACUACGUCAGCGGUGUCCAGUGUGGUCAGGUAUCUGUACACUGGUGUGGUGGACAUUGCCCUGCAGGUUGUACCUCAAGUCUGUGAUAUUGCUAAAAGGUUUCAUCUACAGGAGUUAAUGGAGGCAUGUAAUCAAAUAAUGGCAACUGAGAAGAAUAGUGGUCCCAGCACAGCUGAGAACAACAUUAAAAAGUUACUGAAGGAAGUCUGGCAUGAAGAAGAUUUUGAUUCAAAAGAUGGCGCUGUUGACCAAGAUGACCUUAGAUCAAAUGAAGAUAGAAGUGGUACUGAUGCUGAAGAAGAUAACGAAGAGGAAGUGGAUAAGGAGAGGGAAGAGGAAGAGAUGGAGGAAUUAUACACCAUAAUGGCAACACAAAGACAGAGGAAGAUGUCAGGCAAUUUGCAAAAUGAAAAGGCAGACGACACUGAUGACAGUGACCUAGAAGAAUUUUUACAGGGUUCAUUAUCCUCCCAGAAUUCUAGUCACGCUGUCAGUUGUGAUUCUUCCAUGGAUAAAAAUAGGGUAGAAAUACCAGCAAUCAGUCCAAGAUCUCAUGACACAUUUGUGGGUUUGACUGAUGAAGAAGUACUAUCAAAAAUGAACAAAACACCUGGGAUAUCCUCUGAUUAUCAAAAUAUGAUGCCCAUUGAAGAGCAAGAGAAAAAACAGUUAUCCUUUUUGAAUUAUGAUGUGAAUUCAGAUUCUGGACGUGACUCAAUUGACAGUGUUUUAGACUCCCAUAGUCUGCAGAAGAAAGGACAGGAGGAAGAUUUUGUCUUAAUGGAUAGAAUGGAUGAAGACUCUGAAAAUCACAGUAAAGAGGAAUGGACUGAAAGUGUUUUAACUGAUAAUAAACAUUCAGGCUGUGAUAUUGAAAACAAUGCUCUUCAGGAUAUUAGGGAAAAUAGCUUUGAUUAUGACAUGAUUUUAGGCUCCUGGGAUAAUGAAAAAGAUGAACACGAAAAGCAGAAAGUAGAUGUUGAAAUUUUAGAUUCAGACAGUGGAGAUGAUGGGGUCAUUACCAGUGAAGGCAUGUUGGUAGUUGAACCGAAUUCUCCAGAGACAUCACCUUCUCCAAAGAAGACAAAAAAUCAAUUGCCAUUUGUCUCUUUUGGCAGUCCGAGAAAGUCGUUGAACUCCUUAACCAGUCCUACUAGAAAAAAUCUAUCCGACAUGGACAGCAUGAGGAGAGCAGAUCAAUUACAUGCCAAUUCCAAUGUAAAAAGGACCUCCUCUGUUACUAGCCCUGGAAAAAUCCUUAAAUCUCAAAGAACACUCAUUCAGAAAGACUUACAGUGUUCUCAGAAAUUGCGUAAACAUCGAAAUAAACUUAUCUCUCCUGUUGAUAAAGAUGGAUUAACCUCUGAAAAUUUAGACGACAUAAUUGAUGUGCAUUCUGAUGAUGAAGAUUCUUUUGAUAACAUUUUAAAGAAUGGAGAUUUAAAAGAGUUGAAUUGUGGAGAUGGCAAAAUUGACAAAGAAAUUAGAUCCUCAUCAAAGAAAGUCAAUUCUCCGUCAGCAAAACCAUCAAGAGACAGUAUGUAUGAUAGAGACCAAAUUGAAAGUCAUACCCCGCUGACCACAAGAAGGGCCAGUGCAGCGUCCAGCUGCUCCUUAUUCAGCACUCCUGAUAUGUUUGCCGACACUCAGUUGACACCUGAGAAUGGCCACACUCUGACCAAGGUAAAAAAUGACCCAUGCUCUGAUAAGGUUUUAGCAUCACCUGUUAACAAGAUGUAUGAAAGGAACCCCGUAGUUCAAGACAUUAAGUAUUCUCCAUUGAGGAAGGUUGGACCCAUCACAGCUGUGUACAGUGUGAAGAGCUCUACAAAAGCCAGAAGUCCUUGUCCAAAGAACCUCAGAGGUGCUAAAUCUGUCAUAAACAAUAGUCUUCCAAGUGGUACACAAAAAAAUGUAAAAACAAGAAAAGAUGACUGGACAUCUAAAUCGACAUUGCAGUUUUCUCCAAGCCGAAUGAAACUUGAUUUUUCAUCUCACUCUCCCACUGGGAAAAAUAAUGAGAAAUUGGCUAUAAAUGUUGUCACUGACCAGUCUUUGUCUCCUGUGGUCAUGUUUCCAUCUGGUGGUCUGAGAAAGAGUUCAUACACUUUGGCAUCACCCAUAGAAAGCCAACAUAAGGACUCUACCCCACCCUCUUCUCCACCUACACCCCCACUUUCACCCACUUUUGGCACGUCAGAAAUGGGAGAUGCAUUAAAGAAGGAGAGCAAUGCAGGUAAUCAUUUUUCUUUUGGAAUUGGGCACAGGGAGGACGAAGAGAAAACAAGAUCUCAAAUUCAAACCAAGAAUGGUGCUGAUAAUGAGUCAGAUUCUAAUGAUGAGGUGGAGUUUGUUGAGGAAAGCUUUGUGAAGGAUAAUGACAGUCCAGGUGCAGCGCCCCCUAUUCAUGGUGGUUCUCAACCUCCUCUUAAAGACAAGACACAGCCCAGUCUUUCAGCACCCUCUAGUGGCAGAUAUGGGCAAAUUCCAGUACCCCAUAAUAUAUCCCCUUCAAAGAGUACAUCACCAGAGAGUCUUACAAUAACCCCUUUUGACAGCCCCAAUAUCUCUCCUGUUUUUAAGCGAAACUCGUCUCUUGGUUCACAGAAGAGAAAGCGCAGUUAUUCCAGUGAUGAGAGUAUAGAGGAAGUUGAUGUGAACAAUGACAGUUUGGAUGAUGGGGAUGGAAACAAGAAAAGGAAAGUGGACAGUGUUCAUGAUAGUGAUGGAGCUGAAGUGGUGGAGUCAGUGGACCUGAGCCUAGACAACCCAGACCCUGGGGUGUGGGACGACUUUGAUGAUGGUGGUGGCUUUGUAGACUUCCCAGUAUCCCCCAGUCAACAACUUGGUGGUAGCGAGCUUGUUGGAUAUGUGAGAAAGGAACAAGAGAGACACAAAAAGAACAGAGAUAAAAAUGGAGGAGAUGUGGAUGAAGAUGAUGAUAAUGGUGAUGGUGGCUAUUUGAGCCCACCCACUUUCAUAGAAACUGAUGAAGAAUUGGAUACUGUACAGCAGACAUCUCAGCCCAAGAAACAGCAGGUGGUACCACUUGCAGAAACAGCUCCAGAGAAGCUUCCUAAAGAAGAACUUGAAGAGCUUGGUCUUGAUAGUUUUAUUUGGAGUGAAGAAAAUGAACCACUUCUAGAUCUGGCAAAGCAAAAUGCUGAUCCUAAGAAAGUUAGUGUUGUAACUUGUUUAAAUGCAGAUUUAUUUUAG